AAAUUUUGUAGCAAUGCAGAUGCGCGCUAUUUUAAAAUUUAAUCUUGAAUUAAAGAAAACCAUUGAUUUUAUUUAAUUUCUUCUUGCUGAAUUUAGUACCUGAAAUCAAUCUUUAAAUUCCGUCCGCAGUGAUCGCACAGUGAGCUACCUGGUUUUUAAAAAAUAUUGAACCAUACAAAACUUUUUAUCCAAUAUCAAAUCUAAAGAUUUUGAAAAAAUCUGUAAAAAAUGGAGAGUGUUAGUGCUACGACUCAAAUUGUAUACGUCCAAAGGAAUCGUAGUGUGAAUAAUAAUGGCUUUAAAAGCGGCUAUGAUGUAGAUGUUUGGCAGGAAGUGAGGAAACGUUGGAUGGUACUGGGUGUCCUACUGGCCAUGGCGCUCGCUGUGUUGGCGCCUCAUUUUGGAGCUCCCGGAGGCCUGUUGCACACAGAGUAUGUGAGCUACCUCCCGCUGUCGUACAUCUACUUCGCGGCGGGGCGCACGCGCGCGCACGCCGGCCGCACGCGCCUGUAUGCGCUGACGACGCUGCACGCGCAGGUCGUCGCCUUCGCGAUGUGUGCCGUCAGCGUAAACGCGCUCGCGGUCGCGCUGGACCGACGCGUUAUUGAGGGCGCAAUGCUAGCGUCCGUGGCGCGGCCGUGCGCGUGGCUGCCUCUGUCGCUGAGCAACGACGGUGUGACGCCCGCCUUGGCCGCGUUUAACUACGCCUCAUCCUUUGUGCUGUCACCUCUAGCUCAUCUUGUACUGUGUGGCCGUAUCCCAGUGCCUUUGCUGAAACGUGUGCUGAUAACGGCUGUGACCGCUUUCGUACCGUUCACGCUUGGCACAUUGGCACAAAAAACUGGAAUUGACCCUCGAAGCAGCAAACUAUCGGCUCUCGUGAUAUUGUACACGGAAUGUUGCCAGUUGCUGCGAGAAGCAGAAGGCAGUCUGUACAUUACUGAUGUGAUGGCAACACUGUUCUUAGUAAUAAGCUGGUUGACAACAGUAGCUACCUCAAGUUAUCUCUACGUCAAAUGUGGAAUGUUGACGUUGAACGAAGCUCAAGCCUUAUUGUUAGUUUCUACCCCCAAGUCCAUUCAUAUUGAAUGGAUUUCGGCAACACUAUGCUCCGCGUCCGGCCUCGCUCGUCUCCCCGCAGUAUUUAUAGCGCCUGCGCAAGCACUACUUCUAGCAGCAAUCACCACCGACCGUCACGGUAACGAUGAUGAGGAUUAUGAGGGCGAUGAGUUGCCUAGAUAGGAUAACUGUAACUGUAUACUAAUGAGAGCAGCAUUAGAUUUUACUUAAGAUUCAAACUAAGGGAUAACAGUUCUGGUUUUACAAUAAUUCAGUCCAGGCAUUAAAAAAGUUGUAACAAAAAAAAUUAAGACAUAACUGCCCCGCCAAAAAACGAACUAAGAAGCCAAAAUUUUUACAUUUGAAAAUGGCACCAUACAGUUGCAAUAUUAUUUGUUUUUCAAAAAAUUAAUGGCCAGUGUCACUCGGAAUGAUGAAAGGAUGCUAACGACACCCCUUACAUCCAAACCUGUUCAGGCAUUUAGAAGUUAUGGUAAAAUAAAGACGUUCACAUUUAAGAACACAUGAACCCUUAACAUAACACUCCUUUUUCAGUCGUUUUGAAAAAGACUAGAUUAUGGAACCGCGGUCGUGUAGUUCGAGUAACGUAUGUAGCUAACUAUUGUAAUGAUGGUAGUGAAAAAACAAUUGUUAUAGAUAAGAAAUAACAUUUUUGUAUAGUUGAGUAGCAUAAAGAACAAUUUAGUAUUUGCGGAAUUAUGCAAAGUUAAGUCAAAUUAUGAAAAUAAAGUAAAAUUGAAUGAUUUCAUAUUCGCGGACAUUUGUAAAGUACAAGAUUUCGCCUUUGAAGUUGCUUUGAAGAUCCUAAUACGACCAUCGGACGAAUAGUGGUUAUAAAUGAUAAACUUUGAAAUGUUCAGGAUUUUUUUUAGCUUCACCAAUUUGCCACAUUAAAAAAAUUAAACAUUGAUAAAAAGAUGCCUUAGAAAAGAUAGCCUUUACAUUUAAGAUGUAACUACAUAGUUUAAACUUAGAUAGGUAGAUCACAAAUUAAGGCGCAGUCUCACUAGGUGUAAGUCUUCAGUUCACUUUGUCUGGCUAUCUCUGAAGCUAUUGUCUAGAUUAUUGAAAAGCAAAUCAGUGGAUGACUUAACGAAUUGGCAAACAAUUUAGGAUGACCCUAUGACUGGCCUCUAACUCUAGAAAAUAUUUGACCGGGAACUGUAGGUAUGCUAGUGAGACGGCAUCCUUUAGUCUUUCCAAUAUAAUCUUUUUACACUGUGACCUCAGUGCAAGCAUGAGACCAAUAAAUUAUAAACAACUAAGAGAGAUAAAUAAAUUGCUUAUUAUUGAAGCACGCAGAGUAGGUAAACAGAUUUUCUAAUAGAUAACCGUGUGAUACUAGUUGUUGCCAAGCAACAUAUUAUUAGGGCGCGCAAACAACUUCUGUCUUCACAACAGUUGCGUCGGAAAGCAAUUAACUUGCGGGAGAUGAAACUGUUGUAGAGACACCAGUUAAUUGAGCGCGCAUACUCCAAGAAAUUCCUCGCUCCGUAGAAAUAAUUCAAAUGGUUGUAAGUUUUAAUCGAAUAUUUACCAAUAAAUUUUAUUCUAGAUAUAAAA